GUCCAAAUGCCAAAUGAAUUUAACUAACAAUCUUAUACAAUUAACUGGUCUUCACUAUUAAAAAAUUAAUAAAUCUUAAGUAUAUAUAAUACAUAUACUAUAGUUAAUAACCAACUCAUUCAUUCAUCAAACACAUAGUGAUCAAAAGCCACAUAAAAACUAAGAUAGAACAUAACAAAACAACCAUGAUGCUGCAGCAGCAACAACAACAAGUGAGUAAUGGUAACAACAAUCGCAUAGUUGCCGUAAAUGUAACACCUUCUGGCACACCAUCUCCUAACCAUGACUCUUCGAAGCUCGAUCAGACACCAGGAUGGAAAAAGUUCUUUACAUAUGUUGGUCCUGGUUUUCUUGUCUCUUUGGCCUACCUUGAUCCUGGAAAUAUGGAAACUGAUUUGCAAGCUGGAGCUAACCAUGGUUAUGAGCUGUUGUGGAUUAUACUUAUUGGACUCAUAUUUGCACUUAUCAUUCAAUCAUUGGCUGCAAAUCUUGGAGUAUGCACCGGAAAACACCUUUCAGAAGUCUGUAAGGCUGAAUAUCCAUUAUUUGUUAAGUAUUGUUUAUGGAUAUUAGCAGAACUUGCUGUCAUAGCUGCAGACAUACCUGAAGUGAUUGGGACAGCAUUUGCUCUUAACAUACUAUUUCACAUUCCUGUAUGGGGAGGAGUUCUGUUGACUGGAUGCAGCACUCUCUUGUUUUUAGGCCUACAAAGAUUUGGAGUAAGAAAGUUAGAACUGCUGAUAUCAAUCUUAGUUUUUGUAAUGGCGGCAUGUUUCUUCGGAGAAAUGAGCUAUGUAAAACCUCCGGCUGCUGGUGUAGUCGAAGGAAUGUUCGUCCCUAAACUCAAUGGAAAUGGCGCCGUAGCCGAUGCUAUCGCCCUUUUGGGUGCCCUUAUCAUGCCGCACAAUCUUUUUCUCCACUCUGCUCUAGUGUUAUCUAGAAAAAUACCUGGUUCUAAGCGCGGCAUCAAUGAUGCAUGUAGAUACUUUCUCAUUGAGAGUGGUUUCGCUUUAUUUGUCGCAUUUCUAAUCAAUGUUGCAAUGAUUUCUGUGUCUGGCACUGUUUGUACUGCCAAAGACAUUUCUGCUGAAAAUGUUGAACGCUGCAGUGAUCUUACUCUUAACUCUGCUUCUUUUCUUCUCAAGAAUGUAUUGGGACGCUCAAGCUCGAUAAUUUACGCCAUAGCAUUGUUAGCUUCUGGACAGAGUUCUGCCAUUACUGGAACAUAUGCAGGCCAAUUUAUCAUGCAGGGUUUUUUGGACUUAAAGAUGAAAAAAUGGGUUAGGAACUUGUUGACUAGGAUUGUUGCCAUAGCACCUAGUCUUGUUGUCUCUAUCAUUGGUGGUUCUUCCGGAGCUGGAAGACUUAUCAUCAUCGCAUCGAUGAUUCUUUCUUUUGAACUUCCAUUUGCUUUGAUUCCACUGCUUAAGUUUAGCAGCAGCAGUACCAAGAUGGGACCUCACAAGAAUUCAAUGAUUAUCAUUGUCAUCUCAUGGAUAUUAGGUUUGGGAAUCAUUGGUAUCAAUGUGUACUACCUCAUUACUGCUUUUGUGGGCUGGAUAAUUCAUAGCAGUCUACCAAAAGUGGCAAAUGUUUUCAUUGGGAUCAUAGUGUUUCCUCUAAUGGCACUAUAUAUUGUCUCAGUUAUCUAUCUAACCUUUAGAAAAGACACUGUUAAAACAUUUGUUGAGGUUAAGGAUGACCCAACAAUGCAAACCCAUAUGGAAAAAGGAUUCGUAAACGAUGGUCAAUUAGAGUUGAGUAAUGCUCCUUAUAGAGAAGAUUUAGUUGAUAUUCCACUGCCAGAGGGACCUAGAUUAUGAGUAAAAAGCAGCACCAACUUCACAUUGCUUUCAAGUCAUUUUAGUGAGCAAUGAGAAUAUGAAGAUGGCUAAUUCUCAAAAGUAUUGUGUGCUAGAUUAAAAAUUUGUCAUGUUACUAUAUUAUUGCAUAAGUUUAAAAGAAAGCUAGAUUGGUUCAAGUCCGUAGUCAAAUGGUGUUCAAAUUUCUGAAAUAAUCAACCCCUCGAAGCAUAGAAAGCUGUCCAUGUUUCUGUUGACGUCAAAGGCACAAGUAAAAAGAAGAUCUUAUCGACCAUUCUUCCUGAGAAUGUUUACUUUUGUUCAUUUUCUUCUGUUUUUUCUACCUUGUAAUCAGGAUGAUAAAAUGCAGGGUGUUGCAUUAACAAAAUUCCCAUGUCUCUCUUCACUUUCCGACUUUUAAAUUCAGCUCAUUGUUUAAAAUCAACAUUGAAUUCUAUAAAUUUCGGCAUACAUGUUUAA